CGCCGGGCCGCCCGCCGCCACAGCCCGCCACCAUGAACUCGCUCUUCAGGAAGAGAAACAAAGGCAAAUACAGCCCCACCGUGCACACUAAGAGCAUCUCCAACAAGGAGCUGUCGGAGCUGAUUGAGCAGCUGCAGAGGAAUGCAGACCAGGUGGAGAAGAACAUCGUGGAAACGGAGGCCAAGAUGCAGAGCGACCUGGCCCAACUGCAGGAGGGCCGGCAGCCAGAGCACCGGGACAUGGUCCUGCAGAAGGUGUCAGACUCAGAGAAGCUGCUGUACAUGCUGGAGGCGGAUGCGGCCAUCGCCAAGCACAUGAAGCACCCCCAAGGGGACAUGAUUGCCGAGGACAUUCGGCAGCUGAAGGAGCGCGUGACUAACCUGCGCAGGAAGCACAUGCAGAUCUACAACCUGGCGGUGAAGGAGGUGGACCCGCAGGUCAACUGGGUGGCGCUGGUGGACCAGAAGCUGGACAAGCUGAGCAGCCAGAGCUUCGGGACAGAGCUGCCGCUGGUGGAUCACCAGGUGGAGCAGCACAACAUCUUCCACAAUGAGGUCAAGGCCAUCGGGCCCCACCUCGCCAAGGACAGGGACAAGGAGCAGAACGGCGAGCUGCAGGCCAAGUACCAGAAACUGCUGGCAUUGUCACAGGCACGGCAGCAGCACCUGAGCUCCCUGCAGGACUACAUGCAGCGCUGCACCAAUGAGCUGUACUGGCUGGACCAGCAGGCCAAGGGCCGCAUGCAGUACGACUGGAGCGACCGCAACCUCGACUACCCCAGCCGCCAGCGCCAGUACGAGAAUUUCAUCAGCCGGAACCUGGAGGGCAAAGAGGAGAGGAUCAACAAGCUGCACAGCGAGGGGGACCAGCUGUUGGCAGCCGAGCAUCCCGGGAGGAACUCCAUCGAGGCACACAUGGAGGCCGUGCAUGCAGACUGGAAGGAGUACCUGAACCUGCUCAUCUGUGAGGAGAGCCACCUCAGGUUCAUGGAAGACUACCACCAGUUCCACAAAGACGUGAAGGACGCGCAGGAACUGCUGUGGAAAGUGGACUCGGACCUGAACCAGAAAUACAGCCCCGACUUCAAGGACCGCUACCAGAUCGAGAUGCUGUUGCGGGAGCUGGACGACCAGGAAAAGGCGCUGGACAAGUACGAGGAUGUGGUGCGGAGCCUACAGCAGCGAGCACAGCAGGUGGUGCCCCUCAAGUACCGGCGGGAGACGCCACUCAAGCCCAUCCCCGUGGAGGCGCUCUGCGACUUCGAGGGCGACCAGGGCCUGAUCUCCCGGGGCUACAGCUACACCCUGCAGAAGAACAACGGCGAGAGCUGGGAGCUUACGGACAGCACCGGGAACGAGCUGACCGCCCCGGCCGUCUGCUUCAUGAUCCCCCCCACUGACCCUGAGGCCCUGGCCCUGGCUGAUAGCCUGGUCAGCCAGUACCAGACUGUGCGGCAGAAGGCAGCCGGGAGCAAGAGCGUGCUCCAGCAGCAGCACGAGGUGCUGAAGGCAGAGAACCCUGGAGAUCCCUCUGAUCUUCAGGGGCGGCAGCUGCUGGCUGGCUUGGACAAGGUGGCCCGUGACCUGGACCGGCAGGAGAAAGCCAUCACAGGCAUCCUUCGGCCGCCCCUGGAGCAGGGCCGGGCUGUGCAGGACAGUGCCGAGAGGGCCAAGAACCUCAAGAACAUCACCAACGAGCUGCUACGCAUCGAGCCUGAGAAGACGCAGAGCACAGCCAAGUGUGAGGCCUUUGUCCAGGCCCUCCCAGGCAGCGGUAGCACGCCCCUGCUCAGGACCCGGGUGGACGACACCAACGGCAAAUACGAGCGCCUGGCCCAGCUGCUGGACUCAGCCCAGGAGAAGGUCACUGUUGCCAACUGCCUGGAAAAGAGCCUGCAGCAGGGCCGGGAGCUGCUGGCCACGUACGAGAGCCAGCUCACUCAGGACGACACGGUGCCUGAGAGUGGCCACGCCCUGGAUGACAAGAGGCAGGAGCUGGCUGCCAUGGCCUCUGACCUGCAGGCCAAGAAGUCCCUCCUGGAUGAGGCCGAGCAGAACCUGCAGACGGCCAAGCAGUGCUCCAGCUCGCUGGCCAGCCGCUUCCAGGAGCACUGCCCCGACCUCGAGCGCCAGGAGGCUGAGGUCCACAAGCUGAACCAGCGCUUCGACAACCUGUGCCAGCAGAUUGACCGCAGGUCCCAGAGCCUGCAGAAAGCCAAGGCCGCUUACGAUAACUACCGCAGUGGCUAUGACCAUGUGCUCAAGUUCCUGUCCGACAGCCCCAGUUACGAGCCCCAAGAGACAGACAGCCUCGGCCAGAUGGAGACCAAGCUAAAGAAUCAGAAGAACCUGCUAGAUGACAUUGCAAGCAGGGAACGGGAAGUACAGAAAGUCUGUGCCAAUUCCCAGCAGUACCAGCAAGCUGUAAAGGACUACGAGUUAGAAGCAGAGAAACUAAGGUCCCUGCUCGACCUGGAGAAUGGAAGGAGCAGCCACGUGAGCAAGAGGGCGAGGCUGCAGUCUCCGGCCGCCAGAGUGAAGGAAGAGGAAGCCGCUCUUGCUGCCAAGUUCACGGAGGUCAGUGCCGUCAACAGACAGCGGCUGCAGAAUCUGGAGUUCGCGCUGAAUCUCCUGAGACAGCAGCCAGAAGUGGAAGUGACCCAUGAGACACUGCAGGGGAGCAAGCCGGGGUCCGGGGCAGAGGAGACCUGGAAGAUUAGGAAGGAGCUGGAUGAGGAGACCCAGCGGCGGCAGCAGCUGGAGACUGAGGUCAGGAGUGCCCAGCAGGAAAUCCUGACCUUGCAGAACCGGGAGCCUCAGGAGUCGGUGGUGAGGAAGGAGGUGCUGAAGAAGGUGCCGGACCCCGCACUGGAGGAGAGCUUCCGGCAGAUGCAGUGCACCCUGGCGGAGGAGCAGCACAAGAACCAGCUGCUGCAGGAGGAGCAGGAGGCGCUGCGGGCGCGGCUGCGGGUGCUGGAGCGUGAGGCCGGGGGUGGCGUGGGGCAGGAGUAUGUGGUCAAGGAGGUGCUGCGCAUUGAGCCUGACCGGGCCCAGGAGGACGAGGUCCUGCGGCUCUGGGAGGAGCUGGAGAGGCUGCGCAGGCAGAAGGGCACGCGGGAAGCAGAGGUGGCCCUGCUGCAGCAGCGCAUCGCGGCCCUGGCGGAGGAGAAGGGCAGGGUGCAGGAGAAGGUCACGGAGAAGGAGGUGGUGAAGCUACAGAACGACCCCCAGCUGGAGGCGGAGUUCCGGCAGCUGCAGGAGGACCAGCAGCGGGAGGGCCGGCUGCGGGAGAAGCAGGAAGAGGAGCUGAGCUUCCUGCAGAACAAGCUGAGGAGGCUGGAGAAGGAGCGGGCCAUGGCCGAGGGCAAGAUCACCGUCAAGGAGGUGCUCAAGGUGGAGAAGGACCUGGCCACCGAGAGGGAGGUCAGCGACCUCAAACGCCAGUACGGGGACGAGGCCGCCAGGGCGCGCGCCCAGCAGAGGGAGAAGACGGAGCUCCUCCGGAAGAUCUGGGCCUUGGAGGAGGAGAAUGCCAAGGUGGUGGUGCAGGAGAAGGUGCGGGAGAUCAUCCGGCCAGACCCCAAGGCCGAGAGCGAGGUGGCCAACCUCCGCUUGGAGCUGGUCGAGCAGGAGAGGAAGUACAGGGGGGCCGAGGAGCAGCUGCAGAGCUACCAGAGCGAGCUGGAGGCACUCCGGAAGCGGGGCCCCCAGGUGGAGGUCAAAGAAGUGACCAAAGAAGUCAUCAAGUAUAAGACGGACCCCCAGAUGGAGCAGGAGCUCCAGAGGCUCAGGGAGGAGAUCGUCGACAAGACCAGGCUGAUUGAGAGGUGCGACCUGGAGAUCUACCAGCUGAAGCAGGAGAUCCAGUCCCUGAAAGACACCAAGCCCCAGGUGCAGACCAAAGAGGUCGUCCAGGAGAUCCUCCAGUUCCGGGAAGACCCCCAGACCAAGGAGGAAGUGGAGUGUUUGAGGGCGAGGCUGUUGGAAGAGCAGAAGCAGCAGGUGGACCUCGAGAGGGAGAAGGCGUCGCAGGAGGAGAAGAUCAAAGAGAAGCAGGAAGAGCUCUCCCGGGUGAGGGAGAAGGUGGUGCAGCAGGAGGUGGUCCAGUACGAGGAGGACCCGGGCCUGCGGGCCGAGGUGAACUCCUUCACCGAGAGCAUCGACAUGGAGCUCCGGCAGAUCGACAACCUCCGCAGGGAGCUGCGGCGGCUGCAGCGGCGGCGCAGUGAACUCGAGCGGCAGCUGGAGGAGCUGGAGCGCGAGCGGCAGGUGCGCAGGGAGGCCGAGCUGGAGGUGCAGCGCCUGAAGCAGCGGCUGGCCGACCUGGAGGAGGAGGAGGGCGAGGCCCGUGAGAAGGUGACCCUCAAGCAGAAGUUGGUCCUGCAGCAGGACCCCCAGCAGGUCCGGGAGCACGCCCUGCUCACGCUCCAGCUGGAGGAGGAGCGGCACCGGCGUCAGGUCCUGGAGAGCGAGCUCGAGACCCUGCGGAAGAAGCUGUUCAGCCUGGAGAAGAUGGAGGUCAAGGAGAAGGUGGUCUUCUCCGAGAGCGUCCAGGUGGGAAAGGGCGACACGGAGCGAGAGAUCCAGAAACUCAAGGGCAGCUUGGAGGAGGAGAGCCGGAGCAAGAGGGAGCUGGAUGUGGAGGUGAGCCGGCUGGAGGCCAAGCUGUCCGAGCUGGAAUUCCACAACUCCAAGUCGUCCAAGGAGCUAGACUUCCUGAGGGAGGAGAACCACAAGCUGCAGCUGGAGCGGCAGAACCUGCAGCUGGAGACCAGGCGGCUCCAGUCGGAGAUUGAGAUGGCAGCGAUGGAGACGUGGGACCUGAGAAGCCUGUCGGCAGUGGACGCCGGGCUGAGCCUGGACUCCAGACUGCGCUCCCUGGAGCGAGAGCUGGAGGAACUCAAGAGGCUCUCCAAGGACAAGGACGUUGAGAUCGACGAGCUGCAGAAACGCCUGGGCAACGUGGCCGUCAAGCGGGAGCAGCGGGAGAACCACCUGCGGCGCUCCAUCGUGGUCAUUGACCCCGACAUGGGCCGCGAGCUGUCCCCAGAGGAGGCCCACCGGGCAGGCCUCAUCGACUGGAGCAUGUUUGUGAAGCUCCGGAGCCAGGAGUGCGACUGGGAGGAGAUAUCGGUGAAGGGCCCCAACGGGGAGUCCUCGGUGAUCCACGACAGGAAGUCCGGCAAGAAGUUCUCCAUCGAGGAGGCCCUCAAGAGCGGCCGGCUGAGCCCGGCCCAGUAUGACCGCUACAUCAACAAAGACAUGUCCAUCCAGGAGCUGGCCGUCCUGGUGUCUGGGCAGAAGUAGGCCCCGCGCUUCCACCAGUCGCUUCUCGGUGGCCGACCCUCUCCUACCCACGACCCUCCUGGGUGUC